CAGCAUUUCUCAUCCCUCGUCACCAAACAAUAAAGUUUGAAGCCUAUUAGAGAGCCUGGCUAUAUUCACAAUGAAAAUUUUCCUUUCAGCUUUUGUCCUCUUGGCAUUGGCUUCUUCAUUUGCCUCUGCCUUUGACCCCAGUCCUCUUCAGGACUUCUGUGUAGCCAUCGAUGACUACAGAAACGGUGUGUUUGUGAAUGGAAAGUUUUGCAAGGACCCCAAGCUGGCCAGAGCGGAGGAUUUCUUCUUCACAGGCCUUAACAUACCCGGAAACACAAAUAAUCCAGUUGGCUCAAAUGUCACUACUGUCAACGUAGAACAAAUUCCGGGACUCAACACUCUUGGCAUAUCAGCAGUCCGUAUUGACUAUGCGCCAUUUGGCCAAAAUCCACCUCACACUCACCCUCGUGCCACUGAGAUUCUAAUAGUCUUAGAAGGAACUCUUCUUGUUGGUUUCGUCACAUCUAAUCCUGACAAUAAACUUUUCACCAAAGUUCUAAACAUGGGUGAUGUGUUCGUCUUCCCCAUUGGUCUCAUCCACUUCCAAUUCAAUAUCGGGAGAAUAAAUGCCGUUGCCUUUGCUGGUUUAAGCAGCCAAAAUCCUGGUGUUAUCACCAUAGCAAACGCAGUAUUUGGUUCGGAUCCUCCCAUUAUUCCAGAUUUUCUUGCCAGGGCCUUCCAGUUGGACGUGAAUGUGGUGAAAUAUCUUCAGUCGAAGUUUGGCCAUUAUUAGAUAAAUUCAAUAAUAUGUUUGGCUAUCUGAAUUGUCAUAAUCCUGAGUCCCUGACAAAGGAUGUAAUAGACAGUUUAUAUAUAUAUAUAUAUGUCCCUAGGUCUGCAUUUGGUUUUUGGUUAAUGAUAUAACGUUGCAAACUUGGAGUUAGUUUUUGUUGCCUCUCUCUGUUCCGAAUGCAAAAGUACUGGUUCUGUCAAAUAUCUGCUAUAUGUACUAACUUAAAUAUCCUCA